AGGAGGAGGCGGCGGAAGGGACCGUAAGUGAGGCCGCCCCCCGCCGCGCCAUGCGGCCCCGCGCGGCAUGAAAGUCGGCAGCGGCUUCCCCGGAGGAGGAGGAGGCGGUGGUGGUGGUGGUGGGAGGGCGGGCGAGAUGGAGCCCACCUUCCCCCCGGGCAUGGUCAUGUUCAACCACCGGCUCCCCCCCGUCACCAGCUUCGCCCGGCCUGCGGGCUCCCCCGCCGCCCCUCCCCCGCACUGCGUGCUGGCCUCCUCCUCCUCCUCCUCCUCCUCGUCGUCGUCGACGUCCAGUAGCACCUCAGAGCCCGCCCCGCCCUCGGACGUGACUUUCAAGAAGGAGCCCGUGGCGGGCGCGGCCUUCCCCCCUCAGCGGACCCCCUGGGGGUUCCUGCAGUCCCUGGUCAGCAUCAAGCAGGAGAAGCCGUCGGAGCCGGAGGAGCACCACCACCACCACCAUCACCACCACCACCACCACCACCACCGCCACUACGGGGGUCUCUUCGCCGGGGCCGAGGACAGGGACGGGGCCGUCGUCCAGGACCUCAGCCUGCUGGGCCAGCCCGCCCCGCCGCCCCAGGACCCGCUCCCGGCCGGCGGCGGCGGCGGCGGCGGCCAGGAGGAGCCCAAGCAGGACGGCGGCGUCAAGAAGGCCAAGAGGCCCAAGCCAGAAUCUCAGGGAACCAAAGCCAAGAGGAAGCCCGGCGCCGCUUCCAAGCCUUCCGGGGACGGCGCCGUCCCGUCCCCGAGCCAGAAGCCGCACGUCUGCGAGCACUGCAGCGCGGCCUUCCGCAGCUCCUACCACCUGCGCCGCCACGUCCUCAUCCACACCGGGGAGAGGCCUUUCCAGUGCGGCCAGUGCAGCAUGGGCUUCAUCCAGAAGUACCUCCUGCAGCGCCACGAGAAGAUCCACAGCCGCGAGAAGCCGUUCGGCUGCGACCAGUGCAGCAUGAAGUUCAUCCAGAAGUACCACAUGGAGAGGCACAAGAGGACCCACAGCGGGGAGAAGCCAUACAAGUGCGACACCUGUCAGCAGUAUUUCUCCAGGACCGACCGGCUGCUGAAGCACAGGCGCACCUGCGGCGAAGCCAUAGCGAAGGGAGCGGCCGGCGCGGAGCCCGGCUCGUCCCACCCCGCCCCCGGGCUGGGCGGCCUGGCCGCGUUGUCUCAGGGAAGCGCCAGCUCCUCCAGGAGGAAGAGCAAGUCCAAGAGCCUGGCCGCCGAAGGCAAGGAGCCCAAGGCCGGCAAGGCCGGCGAGGCCCCGGUCCCCGGUCACGGCGGCCUGCCCGGCUACUCGGUGGAGAUCCCCCUCGUGUCUUCCGCCGGCGGCGGCGGCGGCGGCGCGGCGGGCGCCGGCCUCGACGAGCUGCAGAAGAGGGUGCCAAAGCUGGUCUUCAAGAAGGGAGGCCGAAAGAACGUCGACAAGAGCUACCUGAACUUCGCCGCCGCCCCCUUACCGGACCUCGGCGGGCAGAAACCCCUGGCCGGGAAGCCGAGCGGGCCCCUCGGCGCGGUGGCCGGCGCGGAGGCCGUCGGGAUGCUCCCCGGCGCGGGGGGCAAGCCGGCCCAGAUGGGCGGCGGUGGCGGCGGCGGCGGCAGCUACGACGGUGCCAUGCAGUUCUCCAAGAAGAGGAGAUACCUACAGACCGCCAGCAGUAACAGUGCCUUUUCUCUCAACGUGGGGCCCAUGGCCUCCCAACAGUCCGUCAUCCAGUCGGCGGGCGUCAGCGUCAUGGACGGCGAGGCUCCGUUGUCGCUCAUCGACCCCUCCCCCCUGAACGCCGAGAUCAAGGCCUGCCACGAUAAGUCCGGCAUUCCCGACGAGGUCCUGCAGAGCCUCUUGGAUCAGUACUCCAACAAGUCGGAGGGCCAGAAGGAGGAUCCCUUCAGCAUAACGGAACAGCGGGUGGAUCUGCACCCCUCAGGAGAACACGCGGAGAUGGUUCAGGAGGACAACCUGAGCCCGGGCACUCAGGCGCCUUCGAACGAUAAGGCGAGUAUGUUGCAGGAGUACUCCAAAUUCCUGCAGCAGACCUUUGAGAGAACCACCAACAGCACCGGUUUCGCUUUCGGGCCCAGCUUCCAGUUCGUCAGCCUGUCCUCGACCCUCCACAACCACACGCUCUUUCCAGACAAGCAGAUCUACACUACGUCUCCCCUGGAGUGUGGUUUCAGCCAGUCCGUUACCUCAGUGUUGCCAACUUCGUUGCCAAAGCCGCCGUUUGGAAUGCUGCUUGGAUCCCAACCAGGUUUCUAUUUAUCCGCCCUGGAGGCGACGCAUCAGCAGUUGACUCCCUCGCAGGAGCUGGACGACCUGAUCGACGCCCAGAAGAACCUGGAGACGUCCUCCGGCUACCAGGCCGCGUCGCAGAAGUUGACCGGCCAGAAGGAGCAGCAGAAAACGUUGGAGUCCUCGACGAGCUUUCAGAUCCCGUCUCAGGAGCUAGCCGGCCAGAUCGACCCUCAGAAGGACCUAGAGCCUAGAACCACGUACCAGAUCGAGAACUUUGCACAAGCGUUCGGUUCUCAGUUCAAGUCGGGCGGCAGGGUGCCAAUGACCUUUAUCACUAACUCUAACGGAGAAGUGGACCAUAGAGUCAGGACUUCAGUGUCAGAUUUCUCAGGGUAUACAAAUAUGAUGUCUGAUGUAAGUGAGCCAUGUAGUACCAGAGUAAAGACGCCAACCAGCCAAAGUUACAGGUAAGGUCCCAGGUGUGACCAGGCUGGGG